AAUAAAUAAGCAGGAAGUGUUAAUGUGUCAAUCAAUAGCACAAUGCACUUUGUCUAUUUUUAAAAUGUUAUUCUUGAAGAUUUUCAAUUGAAAAAGAUCAUUUGUAUAAUGUCCUACUGUAGGAAACUGUCAUUUUUAAGCACAAACUAGAUUAAAAUGUGUGUCCCACUUCACCAGAUGCAGUGUCCCAAUUUAGAAUAGAUUUAUUUGCAUGUAUACACAGUUUACCAAAAAGUGUCCCACUUUUGCUGACUUCACCCUACCUCUGUCAUUUCUGCUUCUAUUUUAUAUCUUGCAAAGUCUUGAAAAACAAAUCUGGACCCAACUGACUAAUUUCGCCCAAUCUCCAACCUAUCGUUUGUCUCAAAAAUCAUGGAAAAGGUGAACUGAAGUCAUUGCUAGCUCUCAGCGAUCAGUUUUUGAACAGUAAGAUUUGAAAACACUCCAAGCCUGCAUUUAUUUGAUCCAAAGUACAACAAAAUAACUUUUCUAUUUGAAUAUAUUUUAAAAUGUAAUUUAUUCCUGUGAUUUCAAAGCUGAUUUUUUCAUCAUUACUCCAGUCAUGUGAUUCUUCAGAAAUCAUUCUAAUAUUCUGAUUUGCUGCUACUUGUUUUUUUAUUAUUAUGUUUAAAACAGCUAAAUAGAUUUUUUUAGGUUUCUUUGAUGAAUAUAAAGUUCAAAAGAACAACAAUUAUCUGAAAUAGAAAUCUUUUGUAACAUAAUAAUAGCCUUUAUCAUCAAUGAUCAUCAAUCUUUUGAUCAAUUUAAAGCAUCACCUGUUCAUUGAGUGGUACCUGUUCACCCCUGAUCAGAGCCAUGCAUUCCUUCCUGUAGCAAGGGUUGGAGCGAAGGCAUGUUCUGAACAAAUGCGCUCCAUUAAUGGUUUUGUUUUGAAAGAGAAAAAAAAAGCAUAUAUAGCUGGACUCGGAAGAGACAAUAGAAAAAAAUCUCAAGUCCGAGGCGACAGAAAAACGUCUCGAGUUCAAGACCAGACUUGAACAUUACAGACUGCACUCGAGUACUACAGCACUAGCAUCCACCCCCGCUCCCACACUGCAGCAGCAGCAGCCUCCAGCCAAGCAGCACCGUAGAACCGGUCGCAGGCAGGCAGGCCCACCCGUCCAGGCUUCCUGCCUGACCCUGAGACGGGUGACCCAGAGAUGAAGGAAGCUGCUCGCUGCCCCAUUGCGGAGUCCCCUGUCACAGUCAUCACCUCUCCAAAGUCCACCAUGUUCCAUCAUGUUUCCAGGGCCUGGUCUGCCUUUGUCUCUAGGUUUAGGCCCUUGUCCACCUCCACUGCCCACUCCUCACCCAUCCACACAGUAGCGCUUCCGAAUUCGGCUGAAUCCAAAGAACAGACAAAAACUCAAAUGACCAACAUGGCCAUAUCUGACAACCAAUUACUCGAAGAGGAGAACACCUAUUACUCUGCUAUGAUGAAACAAUUUGAAAUGGAAAAUGAGGAAGAAAACAGGGACCCAAAAAAUGACCCACUAGACCAAACUUGCUCUAGGUUCCAAAAACUUAGCAUUAAGGACUCCUUGAGAUCAGCGGAACCAUGUGAUGAAGAUCUACAAAAUCUGGACAGAAAUAGCACCAGGGUCAGAUUUGUGAUCAAUGUCCCAGUGGAGGUUACACUUGAAAUGAGUAAAAAUCCUGAAUCACAUUGUCAGAAGUUUCUUCAUCUUCUGAAGAGCACAGCUUUCAUGAAAAAGGAUGAGUUCCGUUAUGAGGAUAUUGCUGUAGUUUUUGGUCUUAAUGGAAAAGAAUCAGAUAGAGAAGCCAUAGAAACUGAAUUUGAGAAGAAUAUUAAUAGUGAAAUUGUUUUUGAAAAAUUUUGGUUUACCUGGCCAGAAAAGAAUGGCAUCCCAUUUCGAGAAAUAAGAGAAAGAAUUAAAAGCAGUGAACAAACCAGGAAAUUAGUAAGACACUUUAGGGAAAGUGACCCUAAUGUCAAAAUCUAUUUCUGCUUUUUUGAUGCAGACACAAUUGAUUUUAAUAAUGUGUUGAGCUCUUACAUAAAUAUAAUCAUAGAAGACAACUACCCAACAGUAAUGUCAACUGGUUAUCUGUUCCCUGAAGACAGUAAGUUUAGAAUAAACAGCGAACGUGACCGACAGGUGCGUAUAAUAACAGCAGAGCACUUUCCUCUGGGCACUUACUACCCUGAACCCAAUUUAUGUGUGCUUCUACCUGAUGAGUGUGAUACUCUUCCUGAGAGUUUUACUCAGGGGCAAAAAAAAACAAUAAACAUGGAAUCUCCUGUUUUGAUGAGACAAGUAAAACUCCGUAGAAAUUUCUUAGCUGUGUUUGCAAACAAAAACCCAAUUAUCACUCCUGUUUCAGAAAAAAAACAGUACCACACCAACCCAAGGACCUGGGCAAUUAGUGCUUAUGCACAUGGAGAGCUUAAAGUUACUGAGGGAUAUAAACAGGAAAAGUUUGGAGAAGAAUAUGAAAAAGACAAGCGUGUAGCAAAUCGUUUAUAUACCGCUUUGUUAAUGGAUCUGCUAGAAUCAGAUAAAAUAGCUCUGUGGUUAGAGCAGGAAAGACCUUUUGAGGGACGUGGUGCAGGUCAAGUAUUCAAGGCAGCUAAAGAAGUUCGGGAGUAUCUUAAAAAAGUAGAACUAGGAGAGCCAGAAGAGCUAGAACACGCUCAGAACAGAUGUGUUAUUUUUUAACACAUUUUUUUGUGUUGACUAUUUUAACACGUUCUGUGUCAUUUUGUGUACAUACAACCUCAAUUCCAUAAAAGUUGGUAUGUUUCAUGAAAUGCCAUAAAAUCAAGAAUAUGUUAUGUUUAUUCUCUUUAACCUUUAUUUAAUUGACUAAAGUACAAAAAGAAAAUUUCCAAUGUUUUCAGUCGCCAACUUUUAAUUUAUUUUUUUAACCAAAUUUUGAUUUUCAUGGCUGCAACACACUCCAAAAAUGUUGGGACAUAGGCCUGUUUAACACUGUGCCACAUCAACUUUCCUUUCAGGAUAUUAAUACUUCAAGUUUUGCAAGCAAAGUUGUAGUCUAAUCUGGCUUAAUUAAAAAUUACAGAU